UUUUUUAAAGUUAUUAUUAAAAACAAUUGUCAAUAUGUCAAUAAUAACAAAAAUUAUAAGCUCGUAUUUUAUACUCGACAUAAAGUCAACAUUKAUAACAUUAUUAUUGGGUUUUCUAGUUUAUAAAAUUGUUAAAUUUUAUUUACGUGUAUUUCAAUUACCACCUGGGCCAUUGCCYAUACCUAUUUUUGGCAAUCUACUUGCAUUGCGCGGCACUAAAGAUCAUUUUGUAUAUGAGUUGCGAAAAUACAGUAAAAAAUACGGCGAUGUGUUUACAUUUUGGUUGGGAACCAACCCUUUCAUAUUCAUAGCAGACUUGGACAUCGCCAGAGAGACGUUCCGCAAAAAUGAGUUUAUUGAUCGCCCCGAGUCGUUUUUUGCAAAAUCUAUAUCAAACAAAAAWUAUUCAGACGUGGCGUUUGAUAAUUAUGGUCAUCGAUGGGAAGCACUGAGACGUGUCACACACGCAGCUGUUUUGAGCUAUGCAAAAACGGAUAAGCUGGCAUAUCUGGUYAGUGAUUGUGUGGAAAACACUAUAAAAACUAUARUAAAACGCGAAGGAYUGAACAAACCGUUUUAUCCCUAUCCAUACAUUUAUCAUAUGUUUAGUAAUAUAUUGGCUACCAGUGCUUUCAGUCGGGGCUAUGAUUUAGAAGAUAAAGAGUAUUUGUUUUUCAAAUAUGCAUUCAAAGACCUGGGAGAAGAAAUGGGUAUUAGRCUUGCACUCUGGGAGGUCUCACCAUUGAUACGAUUUUUGGACAAAAAGAAAGUCAAUGAAGUGAUUAGUGUAACAAUUGGAACAAUAGAUGUAAUUAAAGACAAAUUUAAGAGUCAUUACAAUAAUUAUGAUUCAAACGUUUGUCGCGACUUUUGUGAUGCACUAAUAACUGCAAAAAAUGAUGCGCUGAGGGAUGCAAAAGAGUCGGCACCUUAUUUGACAGACGAAAAUCUAGCCAUGUCUAUAUGGGACUUAUUUAUUGCGGGCACCGAUACCUCGCAAAACACUUUUCAAUGGAUAAUCCUAUUAAUGACUUACUAUCCAGAAAUGCAACAAAAACUACGACAAGAAAUAAGCGACGAAAUCGGUGACCGUAUGGCCACACAUGAAGAUAAACAUCGCUGUCAUUAYACAAUGGCAUUCAUAUCGGAGACAAUGCGCUACCGAAACUCAGUACCGAACGGUUUGUUUCACGGGACAGCAGUUAAUACACAGUUUGGUGAAUAUAAUUUGCCAAAAAAGACGGCMYUUUUUGUCAAUCAAUGGGAAAUAAUGAAUAGUGAAAAAUAUUGGGAAAAUGCCGAUAAAUUCAUACCCGAGCGCUUCCUUGACAGCGAAGGCCAGCAUAUGACUACCCGACCCAAAGCGUACAUACCUUUCGGUGUGGGACGUCGUGUAUGUUUGGGCGAGAAGUUAGCCAUAGCUGAUCUSUUUCUWGUUUUGGUCCGAUUUUUACAAUUAACCGAAAACUAUGAUAUAGUAUUGAGUGAUUACAAAGACUUGGAUCCCAAUCCUAACGAUGCCAAUGCUUUUAUGCCAAACAAACAUCAAAUUGAAUUUAAGAUUAAAACAAAUAACUCUUUUAUUACACUAAACAUAAAGUCAACAUUAAUAACAUUACUUUUGGGUUUCAUAGUGUAUAAAAUUGUUAAGUUUUAUUUACGUGUAUUUCAAYUACCACCUGGGCCAUUGCCCAUACCUAUUUUAGGCAAUAUACUUGCAUUGCGCGGCACUAAAGAUCAUUUUGCAUACGAGUUGCGAAAAUAUCGUAAAAAAUACGGCGAUGUGUUUACCUUUUGGUUGGGACCAAACCCUUUCAUAUUCAUAGCAGACAUAGACGUCGCCAGAGAGACGUUCCCCCAAAACCUUUCAAACAAACUGGUCUCAGAUGUUGUGUUUGAUAAUUAUGGUCAUCGAUGGGAUGCAUUGAGACGUGUGUCACACGCGGCUGAAUUAUGCAAAAACAGAUAA